UAUGUUGAGGCCAUUCUCUUCUUCGGAUCGUUUUAUUUCUUCCGCAAACUGUGUCGCGACCAAAAUUAUAGACAUAACUUCUAUGAAAAUCACGGCAUUAUUCUUGAGACCUUUUACAAUGUAAUGGAUUUGGUCGGACACGACUACUACCGAAAACUUGAUUAUAAGGCCUGGAAUGUCCCGAUUCCCGAUAAGAAGUGAUUCAUUUGAUUGUCAAAUAGUUUUCAAAUUUUUAGUUAUAAUUAUAGGAUUUGUAUAUCAUAUACGAUAUAUUAUCAUAUAUUCAAUUAAUUGACAAAAUGAAUGAAAAUUUAAUUAAACGACAAGAUAUCAGACAAUCUACUUAUGAAUCUAAAAGACGUGAAAAAGAGUCGAAUAAGAUUGUCUCAGAAGAUAGUGAUUAUAGAUUGCAACAAAUUAAUGAUUUAAGAGAUAAGAUUGAGUUAAAAGUGGAUCAAUUAGACUCAAAUAUGACUAAAAGUGAUAUCAACAAUGCUUUCAAAGAGUUAAAUAGUGAUUACGAUAGACUCAGUCAAUAUAUCAAUGAAUCGGUCCUUUAUUUGGCUAAAUAUAAUCAAAAGUUGUGUCAAACAGUACUUAGUUCUUUGCGAAACAAAAUUGAUACUCAAAAUGAUUUAUUAGUACCGAAAUCAAAAUUUUCAUUUAAGUCCUCAUUUAAGACUUCAACGGUUAAAGAUUUACCUAAACCUAAGGUCGAGACUUGUGAUGAAAUAGAUUCUGCAAAGACAGCAAUACAUGAAAUGUUUGAAUUUAUUGGUUUCAAAAAUAAGAGCGACUGUGAAGAACCUUUGCGAAUGACUGGCGAAGAGUGUAAUCUAAAAGAUAUACAUUUGGAUGGAAUCACUAAUUGUCGUAUUGAGAUAAUUGGUUUACCAAACACUUUAAAGAUAAAUAAUUUGACGAAUUGUAAUGUAUUUUGUGGUCCAAUAACGACAUCUAUUUUUAUAUCCAAUUGCAAGAACUGCGUCUUUAAUAUAGCCGCUCAACAACUAAGACUUCACACAUCCAGUGAUUGCAAAAUCUAUUUACACGUCACGAGUCGGGCCAUUAUUGAGGAAUCGAUACGAAUUGGUUUUGCACCUUACGAUUGGACCUAUGAUGGCAUUGAAGAAGACUUCAAACGAGCAAAUUUGGAUAUAAAUACUAAUAAUUGGCAACAAAUUGAUGACUUUGAUUGUUUAUCUACAGAUAAUUUAUCCAAAAAUUGGUAUUUCAUUGAUUUAGAAAAUUAAUUGUUUUAAUUCUUUUGAUUCUCUAAACUAAGAUUUUCUUACACUCUUUAAAAUAAAACAUUUUAACAAAACAUAAAUUAUAACUGAA